AAUUAAUUUCUGGGGAAAACAGAAGAAAAGAAGUAGCGCGCAGGAUCACGGAGAAAGCGCGUGAGAGGUGGGCUGUGGACGAUGGAUUCAACGGACUCCACCAGCCCAUCCGCUUCCACCUCCGCCACCGUCGACGGCGUCGCUUCUCCGGAGGAACAUUGCAUGACAUCUAUAAGUGAGGAUCAUGAGAGGCCAUGUUGGGGGUGUGGGCUUCGCUUACUUGUUUCCCCAUAUGCACGGGCUUUCAAGUGUGCUUGGUGUGGAGCUAUUACAAAUGAUGAUUUAGUUAAAAGUGAUAACAAAUGCUUCAAGGCGAAACGCUUGAGAGACCGAUUCUUUGUCAUUAUUCUCAUUACAUUCAUGGUCUUCAUAAUAUGCGGUGGUAUUUGGGCUGCUUAUCCGAUUAUCUUCUCCAUCAAUUAUUAUAAUGGCGUUUUCCACCUUAUCAUAGCCGUAACUCUGUCCAUAUCUACCAUGUCCACAUUUUUCCUCACUGCAUUUCGAUCUCCUGGCGCUCCUCCUAACAUAUUGUGGGGCAGCUAUCCUGCAGUGGGAAAAGGUGGUCUUGAGAACUAUACAUUCUGUCACCACUGUUCAAAGCCAAAGUCACCUAGGACACACCACUGUCGAUCUUGUGGGAUGUGUGUUUUGGACAUGGACCAUCACUGCCCCUUUAUUGGCAACUGUGUUGGUGCAGAAAACCACUGGUUUUUCAUCAUGUUCCUCAUAUCAGCAGUGAUCAGCACGGUCUACGUCACAUUCAUGUCUGCUUAUGCAGCAUAUCACAGCUGGCCACCUUUCAGCCACCGUGCGGCCAUCCAUCUGUGGGCCCGAACACUUGACGAUGGGAUGUUCCUCGCAACACUGAAAGAAUUCAUGGCCGCCUUUCUGAGUUCAUUGUUGUUUCUGGAGACAAGAGGGAUUGUUCUUUUGUACUUGUUCAUGUGUAGUGUCUCUGUGGAGAUAGGGUUAAGUGCGCUCUUGUGGCAGCAGCUCUUCUACAUUUACCAGGGGAAGACCUAUUUGAGUCAUUUGCGCUCUUCUUCGCAUGAGACCAGCGACGAAACUGCAACGAAGGGGUGCGAAAACAUCAUUCGCUUCUUCGGAUGCCCUUAUGGCGCGAAAAGAUAUCUGCCAAUGUUUGUGAGUUCUAGUAAUAAGAUUCACAAGAGGUGAAAAAGCUUGAAGAAGAUUUACUUGGCUGAUUAUAUCUCUCCCCUUUAUGUUGAUAUGUUGUUGUGUAAUUGUAUCUCUAUUUUCUUUUGCUAACUCUUUGAACCCUUUUGCAGAUUGGGUUCUGGUUGUAGCCCUCUCUUGAUUUUGACACAUUCCAUUUUUGUUGGAUACUUGGAAGUAUGGUAUUCAAAAGUUUGUAAAUUUGUAAAAUUGUUCUUGAUAAUGUUUUGUAGUAGGAGUGUGUAUGACCAUCAGAAGUAUUUAAAGAUUGUGAUAUUUUUUUUAGAAUUGUAUUGCACAUCAUUAUGAACAUGAUUGUUACUUUUAAUAAUUGUCCAUUAAGAGAAAUGAUCUCCCUUUCCCCAUGAUGAAGAAAAGAGGCAAAAGAGCAGCUAGAGGUGUGAUAACCAUACCAACAUCAUCAGAUAGAAGAAGAUGGGAUGAGAAGGGGAAUUGUGAGUUCAACUUGUCCCUGCAAGAUCUCCACCUCCAAGACCUAUCUGAGGACACAAAUAAUGCCCAACUUUCCAUCACUCUCUCCAUUCAAAAGCACAUAGGCUUUGGACUAUCUGUGGAUGGUAGAGUAAUAACAUCCAUACCCAGAAAAUGCAGAAACUGUUCUAAACCCUACUGCAAAGAGAUUGAUGCAAACUUCAACGCGUGGUCAAGACUGUUGGAGCUAAAACAAUCCGGUUUAUGAAACAUGUACAUUUAAUAGUUGAUAUGGCAUAUAUAAUUGUAUUGUAUUAACAGCAAGGUUUUCAAUAGAGACAUGAUCCCAUUCAUUCAUUAUAACAAGGGACAUCUUGUCAUUAACAGUCCAUACUGUUAGAAAAUUCUUAAACCCACACUAAUUUAAAUACUUAUUAUAAACCGAACGUUAUUGUUUAUACGAGUAUAUGUGAUAUCAAUGCAAAUAAAGUACUAGUCGAUGU